AGCCUUCGCCAUGGCGGUGCCUGGGCUGCAGAACCUGGGCAAUACGUGCUUCUUCAACGCCAUCCUGCAGGCGCUAGCGUCGCUCCCGAGUGUGCACGAAUUUCUCGAAGAGAUCGACCGACGUGCACGCGUCGAACGUCGUCGCAUCGCGUUCACCGGCGCACUACGCGACUGUCUGGAGGCUCUGGCGCCUCGUGACACGCCGGUUGUAGUGGCUCCCCGCAUUUUGAACGCGGAACUGACCAGCAAAUUGCGCGCUUUCCGCGGUAACAAGCAGCAGGACGCUCAGGAGCUCCUGCAGUUCCUCUUUAAGCUCGUAGGGGGUGAACAACGCCGCUGUGGAGUACAGGACCGCGGCCUCGUGGACUUGAAUCCCCGAGAUGAUGUGCCCACAUCCGACUCUAUCAGCGACCUACGACUCACUCAGGCUGUAAACGAACGCAGCUGGAACCCACUGCAAGGCCUUCAGGUCAAUUUACUGCAGUGCGCAAGGUGCCGUCGCUUCCGUCCGCUCAAUAAUCAGCCAUUCCUGGACGUAUCAUUGUCGAUUGUGGCUCCGGGGGACAAGAAGGUCUCACGUCUGAUGGAUGCACUAAAGCUGUACACAGAGGCGGAGGUUAUAAAAGACGUCGAGUGCAGCUACUGCAGUGUGGUGGACGAACUGGAAGUUACAAGGAAGGAGUAUACACAGACUAUCAAGGGACAGAGGAAGAACAAGUUGGGCAUGAGCGACAGAGACGUCGUGGAGCAGGAGCUCGCGCAGCAUGAACUCAAGGGCUGGAUCCACACACUCGAGCAGCUGGCCAACUCGUCCACGAGCUUCGACUUGGAGCAACUCGAGCGCCCGAUCCCUCGCAGCCGUGGCGACUGCUUCAAGCGGCUGCAGUUUUCUCGCAGUCCGGACGUCUUUUGUUUCCACUUGAAUCGGAAAGUUUACAUGAGGACUGGGGGAGCAGUCAAGCUCGAGACGUAUGUCGAGUUCCCUUUGGAGCUCGAUAUGGACGACUAUUGCCAGUACAAGACCAGUGCUGGCGCAGAGUCAAAAGGAAGCAACGGAUCGACUUCCAUACGGCGACCUCGAGCAUCGAUUUCCUCUUUUGUUGGUGAAACCCUAAAGCAGCAGUAUCUUCUAUAUGACUUGACUGCCGUCAUCCUCCAUCACGGUAAUGAGCGCUGUGGCCACUUCACGGCUUAUCGUCGCGCCAGUCCCUCGCAGUGGUUCUUCGUGUCGGAUGACAAUGUACGCGAAGCCUCAGUGGCCGAAGUUCUCAAAAGCUGUGCGUACAUGCUUUUCUACGAACGCAAAUAUCGCACCAAGCGGACAACACGCAGCUCCGAGACGGAAGAGACGACCGAUGACGAUGACAGUCUGCCGGAUGUCCCGUUCGAGCCUCACGUGCUGCUACCAAAUGGUCGUUUCUGA